CACAUUUUCCGCCAUACCUCAGCCACCCAAACCGCCAACCACCACCACCUCAUUUUUCUUCCCGUUAUAGUCAUCAAUACAUCAUAGCCUGUUUCUCUCUCCUCUCUCUAGCUCUCUCUCUCUCACACAAAACCCGCAUUACUGUUCAUCUCAUGGUCGGCGUCCUCCUCCCGUUGCUAAUCCGGUGAUGGGAGAUACAGCGCCGCCGCCCACUUCCCCUCCUCCUCCGCCGCCGCCGCAGGCGCCCCUAACCCUCGUGCAGCCCUCCACCAAGAAGAAAAACAAGCCCACAAAAGUCUUCCGCGUCUUCCGCAACGUCUUCCGAUCGUUCCCCAUCAUAACCCCGGCCUGCAAGCUCCCCUCCCUCCCCGGCGGCCGCCUCCCGGACAGCAAGGCCGUCGCCGCCAGCGGCGGCUCCCGCGUCACCGGAACCCUCUUCGGCUACCGGAAGGGCCGCGUCAGCCUCUCCAUCCAGGAGAACUCCCGCACGCUGCCGACGGCGGUGGUGGAGCUGGCCAUGCAGACGCACGUCCUCCAGAAGGAGAUGACUCAGGGGAUGGUGAGGAUCGCCCUCGAGUGCGACAAGCGGGCCCCGCCGGUGGAGCUGCUGGAGGAGCCGCUGUGGACGAUGUUCUGCAACGGGAAGAAGAUCGGGUACGGCGUGAAGAGGGCGGCGAGCGAGGAGGACCUCCACGUGAUGGAGGUGCUGAAGGCGGUGUCGAUGGGCGCCGGAGUUCUUCCCGGGCGGUCGGAGGUGGAGGGCCCCGACGGAGAGGUGGCGUACAUGCGGGCCCAUUUCGAUAGGGUGGUGGGAUCCAAGGAUUCCGAGACGUUCUACAUGUUGAGCCCUGAUGGCAACAAUGGACCUGAAUUGAGUAUUUUCUUUGUAAGGGUAUAAUGGGAAAUUCACUUAAUUAAUUUUAAUUGCCUUCAACAAAGAUUUCCUAAUUCUAUAUUUUUUUUUUCUAUUCCACUAUUUGAAUUUUACGAUUUAUGUCCGUCCGUCGUGUAAGUUUCGUUCGGGAAAUGUUGCGGGAAAUAUCGAGUCGUAAAUUCGAAUAGUGAAAUGCGAAAUUUGAAAUAGAGAAAGAUCGGGGGAAAAAAAAAGUCGUGUUUUUCGGAUAUGUAUCGAAUUGUUGCUACCUAGCGAUACAAUUUGGUGAGCAUCUGAAAAGAAGAUUAAAUUGUGCAUUGAGGUGAGUUGAGAUGUGUGAUGAAGACAUAGAUGAUUGAAGAGGAGUUAGAAUUUUAGUUAUUUUCAGAAAAUUUUAUUUUUUGUGUAUUUUUUAUAUUUUUGUGGAAUGAUUUUUCCAUUUGUAAGUUAAUUUCUGGAUCUGAGAUGAGUAGCAAAAUUUCUACU